UAAUUGAAUUGUUUUCAGUCAAAAAUUAACCAAAACGGCGGAUAUUUCGCAUAUAAAUCAAAAAUGUUAGCAAAGGACUCAGUGUAAUUAAAAACUAAUAAAAAAAUUUAACAAAUUUAAUAUAAAUUUGGGAAAAAUGUCUGCAAGUUGUUUUAAUUGACGGAAUUUGUAUUGAAGGAAUUGAGUGAUUAAAGGAAAAUAACAAAGAAGGAGAACUGCACGGGAUUAGCAAACAUAGGAGUAAACGUAUCCGCGGAACGGUAAACAUAGUGGCACAUGUUUCUUCUUCAUAGUGAGUUAGUCGUUGCAUAGGGUAUUGCUGUUGCUCUGUGCUGCGCUGCGCUGCACAACUGUUAAGUACUGAUAAGCCAUAAUCGUUUUUUAUGACUUUGAGCUUAUCAGUACGGCCGUGCGAUAUUCGAGACCAUAACAAAACAACGAUCAAAACGUGCAGUUCACUCUGAAUUCGUUUCGAAUCAGUUCGUUGUAUUGUUGCACGAUUGUUGUUAUCAAUAUUAUUGUAACGAAAGGAGACAGGCUGCGACUAAACACGGCUGGAUAAAACAUACCCAAGGUGCAGCACACUCAGCUAAAGUAGCUGCUGCAAGCAAUGUCGCACGGUGUAGGAGCUGACGGGAGCAGUAGUUUUAAUUCACAAAACGUUGGUAACGGCGGUGGUGGGAGUGAAUAUCGGGAAUUGCACUGGACGUCGACUGUCAUGGACUCAUCGCGUGUAUCCACAUGCCUUAUAUCUAUGCUGCUGAUUGUAUAUGGCAGUUUUCGCAGUCUUAAUAUCGAACAGGAGGCUAGAGAACGGGAACAGAAGAAGCGAAAUGAAUCUAUGACAAAUUUACUAACUGGGGAACCAGUUGAACAAGAACCAAAUAAAUUUGCAACAUUAGAUACAAUGCAUGCACUUUGUUUGCCAUUGGGUGCUUCUGUUUCCCUGCUCAUAAUGUUCUUUUUCUUUGAUUCAAUGCAAUUAUUAUUUGCUGUUUGUACCGCAAUAAUUGCAACAGUUGCACUCGCCUUUCUACUCUUGCCCAUGUGUCAGUAUAUAAUACGCCCGUGCACUGAUGGUAAUCGUAUUUCAUUUGGCAUAUGUGGUCGUUUCACUGCAGCUGAAUUAUUUAGUUUCACACUAUCAGUGUCAAUUGUAUGCAUUUGGGUGCUAACUGGUCACUGGCUACUAAUGGAUGCUAUGGGUAUGGGCUUGUGUGUGGCUUUCAUUGCAUUUGUACGCUUGCCCAGCUUGAAGGUUUCAACAUUAUUACUUACUGGAUUGCUUAUUUAUGACGUAUUCUGGGUGUUUUUUUCAUCGUAUAUAUUUAGCACAAAUGUUAUGGUAAAAGUAGCUACACGACCAGCGGAUAAUCCAGUUGGUAUUGUGGCGCGUAAAUUAAAUUUAGGCAGUAUUGUAAAAGAACCACCGAAAUUGAACUUACCGGGAAAAUUGGUUUUUCCAAGUAUACAUAAUAGUGGUCAUUUUUCAAUGCUGGGUUUAGGUGAUAUUGUAAUGCCGGGGCUUUUGUUAUGUUUUGUGUUACGAUAUGACGCAUAUAAAAAAUCUCAAGGUAUUACAUCAGAUCCUACAUUGUCACCACCAAAGGGAGUCGGAUCUAAACUGACAUAUUUUCACUGUUCCUUAUUGGGUUAUUUUUUGGGAUUACUAACAGCUACUGUGAGCUCUGAAGUGUUUAAAGCAGCACAACCGGCACUUUUGUACCUUGUUCCAUUUACGUUAUUACCAUUGCUGACAAUGGCUUACCUCAAGGGUGACUUACGUCGAAUGUGGAGCGAACCUUUCAUUGCACAUCAACCAUCAAAACAACUGGAAGUCUGAGUGUUUUUAUGUAAUUUUCCUUGUAAUAGUUUUCCUUAAGUUUAUCAUUUAGGAUGAGACUAAUAUUUUAGCUAGUAACAAAUGUUUUUAAAUUAAUUUUUAUUGCCUUUUAGUUAUUCGUAUUAAGUUUUAAAAGCGAA